AUGGGGAAGCUAGUGGCAACACUGCUCGUGCUGUGCUUGAUGCCUCUGACAACGUGUUCACUUCGCCACGACCUCCGGCGUGGUCUAGAGCAAGCCAUGCACGGCGGCCGCCGCCUCGCCGACUCGACGGCGGGGGACGGAGUGGUCGUGCCGAUCUACUGGUCCAACGGGGUCUACAUGGUGAACUACACCAUCGGCACGCCGCCGCAGCCGGCGUCGGCGAUCGUCGACGUCGGCGGGGAGCUCGUCUGGACGCAGUGCUCGCUGUGCCAGCGCUGCUUCAAGCAGGACCUGCCGCUGUUCGUCCCGAACGCGUCGUCCACCUUCCGGCCGGAGCCGUGCGGCACCGACGCCUGCAAGUCUAGCAGCCCGACGAGCAACUGCUCCAACAACGUGUGCACCUACGAUGGGAGCACCAAGCUGGGUGCGCGCACCUCGGGGAUCGUCGGCACCGACACCUUCGCCAUCGGGACGGCCACGGCGAGCCUCGCCUUCGGGUGCGUCGUGGCGAGCGACGUCGUCGACAGCAUGGGUGGGUCUUCCGGGUUCGUCGGGCUAGGAAGGACGCCGUCGUCGCUCGUCGCGCAGAUGAAACUCGCCAGGUUCUCGUAUUGCCUGGCGCCCCACGACGCCGGCAAGAACAGCCGGCUGUUCCUCGGCGCCUCCGCGAAGCUGGCCGGCGGCAACAGCACCACGGUGCCGUUCGUCAGGACAACCCCAGGCGAUACCUUGUGCCAAUACUACCCGGUACAGUUGGAAGGGAUCAAAGCCGGCGACGCCGCGAUCGCGUUGCCGCCGGGCAGCAGCACCGUCAUGGUCCAGACCUUCGCGCCGAUGAGCUUCCUGGUGGACAGCGCGUACCAGGACCUCAAGAAGGCGGUGACGAAAGCCGUCGGCGCCGCGCCGACGUCGACGCCGGUGGAGCCUUUCGACCUUUGCUUCCCGAAAGCAGGGGUCAGCAGCAGCGCGCCAAGCAUCGUCUUCACGUUCCAUGGCGCCGCCGCGCUGACGGUGGAGCAGUCGAGAUACCUGAUCGAGGCAGACAAGGACACGUUGUGCUUGGCGAUCCUGAGCACGUCGUGGCUAAACUCGACGGCGUUGGACAAGACGAACAUCCUGGGAAGCCUGCAGCAGGUGAACAUCCACUUCCUCUUCGACCUCGACAAGGAGACGGUCUCCUUCCAACCUGCAGACUGCAGCUCCCUCUCCUAA